ACUAGCUAGCAAGCUGUUUAUUGUAUUUAUUUGAUAGUAUCCUAGCAAGCUUAGGAUACUUUCAUAAAAUAGCACAUCAAAACGGUGAUUUCCCACAUAAAGAGGCGACACGAAUCUAACGUAUCGUGAACACGACUCGGUAGAAUUCCUUGAUUGUACUGAACGUUAUGCCAUGGAUUCUGUAGAUGAGGACGUGUCUGCUCGAGUUCUCCUGCAAAGUGUAAUUCAUACGGAGUCAUCCAGGUCCCCAAUUACCCGCAGUGCCUCCCAGGCUCAGUUCCAGUCCCCGGGGUCCAGAGUCAGACGUAGUAUCAGACUAAGGAGGAGUGAUGUUGGGGCCCUUACACCACAGGAGGCCCUCAAACAGAGCAUCAAAAAUAAGCUUCGAGAGAGCACUUCCAGGUUUUCCCUGCCAGUGCCACCCAGUAAGAGACGGACUAUAUCAGAGGGAGUCAGGAAGAUAAACACGCCUGCACCAGCCACAGCCUCGCUUCUCUAUGAUGAUGACAUCACACCUAGAUACCUACUCAGGGGGAUCCUGCAGACAGAGCCAGAGACAUCCCUCCUGGUUCAAGACCGGCCAGUCAAGAAGGAGCCAGAGCUGCCUUACACAAACUCCAGUCUUCACAGCAACCGCCCAAGUACAGGGCUGUCUGACUUGGAUCUCCCUGACAUGACCACCACAGUAAACCUGUCAAAUACGGUGAAGGGACUAAGCAGGAAGCGACCACGUCGGAGUCUCAACAUAACAGCAUUCAACAGGCAGCUUGAACAUGAAGAUGGAGAGGGUGAAGGUGGCAGUGCAACAGAAAAAGACCUCUCAUCCCUGUCUUCUGCCUCUCCAAGCUCUAUCACCUUCUCCCUGAAAACACCCUUUGUGGAUGUUCAGACUGAGAAAAGGGGAUUUCAAAGGAAGGUAACAAAUCGUAAAAAAAUUUGCCUUGAGGAGUUUGACAAGGCCCUACAGAAUCGACAGGCGGCGAUGGGUGGAGACCCUGAGUUGAGUGUUAGGGAGGAUCAGCAGGGUCUCAGUGAGACCGUUCGGUCUGAGGGGUUCACCUCGGGACUGAGUGACCUCACCGCUCCUGACAUCACCCAUGACAUCAUCACCAGCAACACAGCGCUCUACUCCCUGCCUGUUGACACAGCAACAACCUUCACUAUCACCACCCAGGACAAAGACACCAUCACGGGAACACAGAUCCAGCGAGAAAUGGGAGGAAUGAAGGAUGAGGAUGAGAAAGAUAUGGAGGAGGUAGGGGAACAAAAUGAGGACAAGAUGGAAUUAGACAACAAAGAUGGAGAGGAUUUGGCUGGAGAUGCUGGGCAGAGAGAGGACUCAGUGAGACAGAAGGAGUCCAAAUCACAGACUGAAGAAGUAGAAGCGGUAGCUGACUCUCAGACAGAAGAAGAGGACGAGGUGGCUGAAUCUCAGACAGAAGAGGACGAGGUGGCUGAAUCUCAGACCAGGCAGAGGACGAGGUGGCUGAAUCUCAGACAGCAGAGGACGAGGUGGCUGAAUCUCAGACAGCAGAAGGACGAGGUGGCUGAAUCUCAGACAGCAGAGGACGAGGUGGCUGAAUCUCAGACAGCAGACGAUGUUGCAGAUGAAGGGGGACAGGUAGUGGAAGGGCAGGAAAAAAGAUUGACAUCACAGAGUUUAACACACAAUGCAAAGCACAUCAGUCGGAGAGCUUAUUGCUCAGAGGGUGGCGGCAAGGUUGCUGGAGUGAUUGAAGGAGGGAGGGGCUACAAGAGCAUGGGAGCAGCGCUCCAUCCUACAGAGACUGGUGAGUCAGGUUGGGCAGGCAGAAGGUCAGAGGGGGACACGGCUGGUGAGUGGCACAGCGGGCCGGAGGUGGGAGCUAGUGAGAGCGCCCACACCCGCACAGUAACCCUUGGCAGCGUCCCUCCCUCCCUGUUGCCCCAGGAAGAUGAGCAGGAGCUGGAAGGUUUGAGUAGAACUGGCACCAGCCGUGGCAAUGAGGAGAUGGAGAACUCCAUGCCUCCUUUAGAGAUGACCUUUGAACCUGAGAACAACGCCCCUCACAGCAGCAACUCAUCCCUGCACCCCAUCACUGCCCAGAGCCCAGCUGAGCAUGAGGAGGACUGGGAUGAUGUGGAAGAGGGGGAUGGUAUCCGGAGUGAAGGUUGGAUCCACAAAAUCUGUAUUCAGGUGUGUGUGUGUGCGUGCGUAUAUGUUGUGAUGACUAACCCCUUCUUUCCUACAGAGCUGUCCAUGAAGACUCCUGCGUUUGUCAGAGAGAAGAGGAAUGCUCUGCCUAUUGACCCCCUGGCCACACCCACUGUUCUCAAAGACCUUCAACCAAGUGUUUUGUCUGGUGCUGCAGCUGCGGUGAAGCCCAAAGCGGUGAGGGGAAAGCGGACUGGAUCAGCCAAGAAGGAUCCUGGUCUCUCUAAGAGCUACAUCAUGAGCGUGUUCAAACACUUCGCCAAGACCAAGGUGUCUACAGAUGUCUACCCUGUCCUAAAGGAGAUAAUGGAGCGCUACUUUGACCGACUAGCUGAUGACUUGGAAACGUUUGCUGCUCACGCCAAGAGGAAUACCAUUGAGGUAGAGGACGUAGAGCUGCUGAUGCGGAGACAGGGGUUUCUGACUGACAGCAUGCCAGUAAAUGUGUUGAUUGAGAAAUAUCUCCCAAUGGAAUCCCGAAAGCUCCUCAUUCCCGUGGCAACAAGUGGUAACUACGUCAUUCCCAAACCGAGGAGAAAAUGAUCAGCCUAUACUGAGAAUGAUCAGCCCAAAUCAUAAUGUGGGCUGAUGUUGUAUAUUUGAUUGAAUUUCUAUGAACAGCUGUUCAUUUAUUAUUUGUAGACACUCAUUCAAACACAGCCAGUACAAGACCAUGUAACCUGGUGUAAAUGUGUUGUAUUUGUUUGAAUAUGGCUUUGUCUUUUUAUAUUUGUCGAAAAUAUUACUACAAAAAAUGUAUUUGAUUUAUUCAGUAGUCUGGCAUUUGUAAAGGCCUUUGGAUGAGAAAGGAGACUGGCGUUAAAGCCCUGAGGUUAGGAGUGGCUUGGCUUCCAUCAAAGCAACCUGAAAGACACAACCAAUACAAGCACUGUAGUUUGUAGACACUAAUCUAAUGCCCUCUGUUCUCAUGCUGCCCCCAGUUUUCAAAAUCGACCCAGCUAAUCACAGUACAGUCAGAAUAAAAAAAGCAAUCAUUCAAA